CUCUUUUUUUCUUUUCUCUCUCUCUUUCUUUUUUUUGUUUUUAACAAAAUUAUUAUAUAAUUAUGACUUUAAGCUUAAGCUUACCUAAUUUCCCAUUAUUCAAAAAUGGUAUUGAGUAUGGCACAGGUGAGAAUAAUAUCGCUAUUGACGAUAUCAGGAUGGGACAAAGCUUUUGUUAUCUCGAAUUAAUGCAAGCUGUGGCACACUUGCGACUCGAGCUUUUAAAUGGAAAAAGUAGUUUAAACGGAGAGAGAAUUGCAAUCUUAUGCCCAAGUUACAUUAUAGUGGAUUUCCUUACGUGGUGUGUAUAUUAGCUAUUUGGGCUGCAGGUGGUAUAGCUGUACCUUUAUGUACCUCACAUCCAACACCCGAGCAAAUCUAUACACUGGAAGAUUCACAAGCUUCCAUCUUAUUGAGUCAUCCUGUAUUCGAAGAAAGAACAAAAGAAUUGAUCAGUAAAACCAAAGUAAAAUGUAUUAACAAGGAUGACGAAUCAUAUAUGUACAAGGGAGAUUCAGUCCCCACUUUGUUCGAAUCCGAUUUUCAUGCAGGAGCCUUGAUUAUUUACACCAGUGGUACAACGGGAAAACCCAAGGGCGCUGUUUCUACACACGCAAUCAUUCACGCACAAGCAUCUGUGCUUGUGACAUCUUGGUAUUGGUCCAGUACGGAUCGUAUCCAUCAUAUCCUCCCCUUGCACCAUAUUCAUGGUAUCGUCAAUGCUCUCAUUACACCUCUUCUCAUUGGGGCUACGGUCGAAAUGCACCAAAAAUUCGUGGCAGAGCAAGUGUGGGAACGUUGGUCAAAUGUCGAUUUACCUCCCUUGACUGUAUUCAUGUCUGUACCCACCGUCUAUUCCAAAUUAUACCAACAUUAUAAAAAGGUGGAUAAGGAAACACGUAUUGUGUUCACUAAAGGAUGUCAGCAGUUUCGAUUUAUGGUGUCAGGUUCAGCUUCUUUACCUACCACAUUACGUAAUUAUUGGCGAAAGGCAAGUGGGGGUCAAGUUCUGUUGGAACGUUACGGCAUGACAGAAAUCGGUAUGGCUUUAAGUCAAGAAUAUGUAAUCUGGGAAAGGGUACAAGGUACUGUUGGUAUUCCUUUACCUGGUGUUCAAGUACGUAUCAUUGCAGAAGACGGUAAAGAUGUGACAGACAAGAGAAAUACACCAGGUAUGCUUCAAAUCAAGGGAAACACCGUCUUUAAAGAGUAUUGGCAAAGACCUGAGGCUACAAAGAAAGAAUUUACAAAGGAUGGAUGGUUCCAAACAGGUGAUGUAUCUCAAAGACUUGGGCAUCAUGGAUAUUAUCAAAUCAUGGGUAGAAAUAGUAUCGAUAUCAUUAAGACUGGCGGUGAAAAGGUAUCCGCUUUAGAGAUUGAAAGGGAAUUGCUAUCUUUGAAUUUGGGUAUUCAAGAUGUAGCUGUAGUGGGUAUCUCUGAUCCUGAAUGGGGUCAAAAGGUAGCUGCUGUUGUAGUGAUGGAUGAUGGCAAGGAACUCGAUUUAUUAACCAUCCGCAACAAUCUCAAAAAACAAUUGGCUGUUUAUAAAGUGCCUAGUUUAUUAAAGGUCGUUUCUGAGUUACCCAAAAAUGCAAUGGGAAAAGUAACCAAGAAGGACCUUGUAUGUUUAUUUUAGACACAUAUAAAAAUCUUAAUUAUUCUCUCUCUCUCUCUUUCUGUUUUUUUUUUCUUUCUUUAUUGUCCUGGUUAUUUUUUUUUAAAAAAAAAAUGCCUCAUUUACUGAAAUUCUCAGCACUAUUGAUAUUGUCUCAAUUCGUGUUUCUAUCGCAUCAAUUACAACAAUGUUUAGGCACAAUUAAGCAAUCCAACAGCGAUUAUACGUUUGCUCUAGCUCACGUAGACGACUUUCAUAACCCUCUUUCUGUUCAAGAAGCCUGCUAUUAUAGCUGUGGUGCUCAAGUGGUCACUCAAUCCUCAAACAGAGGUGAUAUGUCCCGUCUUACACUCAU